UCCUGUUGUUUUAAAAACUCACAAGCUACUUGCUUCAGCAUCGCUGCAACUUCCGCUGUAUCUCAGUUCACCUGUAAACAACUGUUUUAGCUUAAAUUUAAAAAAAAAAAUAAACGAGCGAAGAUGAAUGUAAUCGAUCAUGUGCGGGAGAUGGCGGCGGCCGGGCUGCACUCUAAUGUCCGGAUCAUCAGCAGUUUACUGCUUACCAUGAGCACCAACAACCCUGAACUCUUCUCACCGGCUCAGAAGUAUCAGCUGCUCGUGUAUCAUGCGGACUCGAUCUUCCACGAUAAAGAGUACAGGAACGCCGCCUGCAAAUACAACAUGGCUUUACAGCAGAAGAAAGUGCUCAGCAAAACCUCCAAAGUGCGGCCGUCCAGUACAGGUGGCACAACUUCUGCUCUGCAAGCACAGAAUUUGCCAUCAGAGAUUGAAGUGAAGUAUAAAAUCGCAGAGUGUUACACUAUUCUGAAGCUGGAUAAAGAUGCCAUAUCUGUGCUAGAUGGCAUCCCUUCUCGGCAGAGAACACCAAAGAUCAACAUGAUGUUGGCGAAUCUUUACCGAAAGGCGGGUCAGGAACGUUCAGCUGUUACAAGUUACAAGGAGGUUUUAAGGCAGUGUCCGCUUGCUCUUGAUGCUAUUAUUGGGCUUCUGUCUCUGUCCGUGAAGGGGGCGGAGGUCGCCUCCAUGACGAUGGACGUGAUUCAGAGCAUCCCGAAUCUCGAUUGGCUAUCUGUUUGGAUUAAAGCGCACGCUUUUUUGCACGGAGGAGACAAUCAGAGGGCAAUCAACACUAUUUGCUCUUUGGAAAAGAAGACUCUGUUGAGGGAUAAUGUCGAUCUGUUGGUCACACUGGCAGAUGUGUACUUCCGAGCUGGAGACACCAAGAACUCCAUCUUGAAAUUUGAGCAGGCACAGAUGCUCGACCCCUACCUGAUCAAAGGCAUGGAUGUGUAUGGGUAUCUCAUGGCCAGGGAGGGUCACCUAGAAGAUGUCGAAGUUCUAGGAGGACGGUUAUUCAACAUAUCUGACCAGCAUGCCGAACCCUGGGUCAUUUCAGGAUGUCAUAGUUUCUACAGUAAGCGUUAUUCUCGCGCUCUCUAUCUGGGAGCUAAGGCCAUUCAGCUGAACAGCAACAGCGUGCAGGCACUUCUCCUGAAGGGGGCAGCACUGCGUAACAUGGGCCGAGUGCAAGAAGCUAUCAUACACUUCAGAGAAGCCAUGCGAUUGGCUCCCUGUCGUCUAGACUGCUACGAAGGUCUGAUCGACUGCUACCUGGCUUCCAAUGGCAUUCGGGAGGCUAUGGGAAUGGCGAACAAUAUUUACAAGACGCUUGGAGCGAAUGCCCAGACCCUUACCAUCUUGGCCACAGUGUGCCUGGAAGAUCCCGUGACGCAGGAGAAGGCAAAAACGCUGCUGGACAAAGCUCUCGCUCAGCGACCCGACUACAUCAAAGCAGUCGUGAAGAAAGCAGAGCUCCUCAGUCGGGAACAGAAACACGAGGAAGGGAUAACGCUUCUCCGGAACACAUUAGCCAAUCAGAGCGACUGUGUGCUGCACAGAAUGCUGGGAGAUUUUCUUGUCGCUGUUAAUGACUAUCAGGAGGCUAUGGAUCAGUACAGUAUUGCACUAAGCCUCGAUCCAAAUGAUCAAAAGUCUCUGGAGGGCAUGCAAAAGAUGGAGAAGGAGGAGAGUCCCACGGACGCAACAGUCGAGCUGGACGGUGAUGAUAUGGAGGGCAGCGGGGAGGAGGGAGAUCUGGAGGGCAGUGACAGCGAAGCGGCACAAUGGGCCGAUCAGGAGCAGUGGUUUGGCAUGCAGUGACCCACACAACGCCUUCAUAGACUCUCGGCACUUCUGACUUCUGUCUGAUUUGCAGGUCACUUCAUAGUAAGAAUCACAUCCACAAUCAUGUAGUUUUGUGUAAGGAGUCUCAUUACUGACCUCUGGUGGUGAGUUACGCACGGUGUCAGUUUAGAACUUGUGGAUGGCACUAUCAUGGUGACUAUUCUUAUCUUAAGCCCCAAUUUUGGGGGGGGGGGGUUCUUAAUACACCGAUUUUUCAGAGAAACUCAUAUAUUUCUGUUUCAGAGAAACCGAAAUAAACAGGGCGACACCAAACCUUCCGCCCACGAGAAAUGGGCAAUGAUUGUUGGAUUACAUUUACAAAUAUUGUGCCCUUUAUUGAUUAAGAAGAACCCAUGGUAGACAGGAUUUGGCAGCUCCUACAUGUCCCAAUGGAUUUAUAAAUCUCACAUCUGUAGUUAUUGUGCAUGUUUAAUUAAGACUUUUGUUUCCACAAAAAAAUGUUAAAGCUAGAAAACUUAAAACGGAAAACUUAUGGGCUCUAAAGCAGGUGUAUCUUAUAAAACAUGCUCUUCAAUAUUAAAAAGAAACAAAUUAAAAGCCUAUUGUUAGGACCUUUAUGAUUUUUUGUAGGGCGGGAAAAGAUUAAUCGUGAUAAUCGCAUACAAAAUAAAAGUUUGUAUUACUGUGUAAUUUUUAUGUAUAAAUAAAGACACAGAUACAUAUAUAAAUUUAAGAAAAAUGUUAUGUAUAUUUGUAUUUAUUUAUUUAUAAUAUAAAAUAUAUUAAAAUCUAAAUAAAUAAAUAAAUAUAUAUACAUGUAAAUGUUUCUUAAAUACAUGCAUGUAUGUGUGUGUAUUUAUAUAUAUAUAUAUAUAUACAAAAUAAUUUUAUUUAUUGUCCACAGACAUAAACAAACUUUUAUUUUGUAUGCGAUUAAUUAUGAAAAAUCUUUUGACAGCGCUUUUUUUUUGUUUUGUGACACUGUUCAUGAAGUUAAAUGUAAAUCUCUUACUCAUUUCCUAUUAUUGUAACCUUACCAUUGAGGUUUAAAUUGUUUUGUUUAUUGUAAUAAUUUUUUGGGAGGGGUAUGUGCUUGCAUGUCUUAAAAAUGUAAAACCAUCUGAUUUUUUUUUUAAGUGAUGCAAAAUAUUUUUGAUCGACCCACACAAGUUCUUCAGUAUUUUUGGCUUCGAAAGUGUGUAAAUAAUCCAAUCGUAUGAAACUAAUACACUGCAAAAAAUUAUUUUCAAGAAAAAAUGUUCUUAGUAUUUUUGUCUUGUUUUCAGUAAAAAUAUCUAAAAAUUCUUAAAUUAAUAUGCUUUUUCUUGAUUAGCAAAAUG